GCAAGGCCUGCUGUGCCAUCCCCCAGGCAGUGCCCUGCAGAUGGGCUGUGGAGGGCUGGGCUGGGACAGGGACUGCUGCGUUCCCUCACAGCUCCCCUGCCAUUUCUCUUGUCCCUGCAGGCUCCAGUUCAACUUCUGCCUUCCAGCCGUGAUCAUUUCAGCUGCAGGAGAGCAGCAGAUGGCCACAGCACAUCCAUCUCAGGAGCCCGUGAGCUUUGCGGAGGUGGCCGUGUAUUUCAGCAGGGAGGAGUGGGCGCUGCUGGACCCUGCGCAGCGAGCGCUGUACCGGGACGUGAUGCUGGAGACGUACCAGUGCGUGGCCUCGCUGGCUCCACUUCCAGCUACCAAACCGGUGCUGAUCUCCCUGCUUGAAGGAGGGGAAGAGCCCUGGAUCCCAGAUGUGCGUAGCCCUGAGGCCGUGCCAGGAGACCUCAGCCCAGCAGGAACUGGGAUUACAGAUGUACUGGAGGACCUGGAGGAAAGUGGUGUGGCCGAAAGGCGGUGGGGUGGUGUCUGUGUGGAAGAAAUGAGAAGGGAUGUCCAAGGAGGCCUGGAGCAAGGUCAGGGUGAGCACAUCGUGAAGCCACUAGGAAAGUGUCUGGGAAAGGCAGGAAGGAGCCCAUUGGAUUUCCGCAUAGGUCAAAGAGAGCCUGAAGAACCUAGGAGCAAGAAUGUGAGCCAGCAGAAAAAGCAGAAUUCCUGCACUGAGUGUGGAAAUAGCUUUGAAAAAGAUUCCAGCAUCGUUAACCACCAGUGCAUACACUCAUCAAUGACCCCAAACAAGUGCUGUGAUUGUGGGAAGAGCUUCAAAUGGAGAUCCCUCCUCAUUGUCCACCAGCGUGUCCAUACAGGAGAGAGACCCUACAGGUGCUCUGAGUGUGGGAAGAGCUUCAAGAGCCGUUCCCACCUCAUGUACCACCAGAGCUUCCACAGAGGAGAGAGACCCUUUCAGUGUCCUGAGUGUGGGAAAAGCUUCAAAAACAGUUCUGAUUUGAAGCGCCACCAGCGCAUCCACACCGGAGAGAGACCCUACAAUUGCUAUGAGUGUGGGAAGACCGUAAAAAGCCGAUACCACCUCAUGUACCACCAGCUCAUCCACACAGGAGAGAGACCCUUUCAGUGUCCUGAGUGUGGGAAAAGCUUCAAAAGCAGUUCUCAUUUGAAGUGCCACCGGCGCAUCCACACAGGAGAGAGACCAUUUCAGUGUCCAGAGUGUGCAAAGAGCUUCACAAUCAGUUCUGAUUUGAAGCGCCACAGUUGCAUCCACACAGGAGAGAGACCUUUUCAGUGUCCUGAGUGUGGGCAAAGCUUCAAAAGCAGUUCUCAUUUGAAGUGCCACCGGCGCAUCCACACAGGAGAGAGACCCUACAAGUGUCCAGAGUGUGCAAAGAGCUUCAAAAUCAAUUCUGACUUGAAGCGCCACAGGGGCAUCCACACAGGAGAGAGACCUUUUCAGUGUCCAGAGUGUGAAAAGAGCUUUAAACACAGAGCUGGUCUUAACACCCACAAGCACAUCCACAGCACACACAGGCUGUAGAAGCAUCUCAAGACUCUGGGAACUUUCUAAAGCAGUUCCAGUUGUAGUUGCUGGUAGUUGUUACCUACCAGCACAGCCACACAAGAUACACACAAGCCUGCAGUGCCCCGAAUGCGCGAAGAACUUCAGCCUUAGUCCCAGCCUGGUCACCAGCUGAGGCUGUGUGGUGAUUAACUUUACAAAUCCCCUGAGUAUAGGAAGUGCACUGCUGUAAAUCCUUUUUCUCCUUCUUAGCUUGAGAAUUAUGCAUAUUGCUGUCCUUCAGCUGCAGUUGCAGAGUGGGAUGUGUCACAGCCACUGGAAACCCUCUGCCAGGUGGCCCGUUUCUGCCAGGGCUGUGUGCAAGGAGAGUCACCUCUUACCUCCCCUGCAGAAACUCCUGUGCUGUGGGGCAGCAGGUGAGGACCCAAAUAUGUCAGCUGGGCUGAUAUGUCACCAGGAAGGAAGAAAUCCUGUCUGCAGGUUGUGUGGGAAGAGCUUCAUCUGGAGCUCAACCCUCAUAAGAUGUCAAAGAACCAACCCAAGAGGAGAGUCCCAGUGAGUGCCUUGACUGCAGGAAGAUGUCUGUCCAGAACUGGGAGCUCAUCACACACCAGUGGAUCCACUUACAACAGUGCAGCCUGCAAGAAGAGCUUUGGGCACAUCUCGAACCUGCUGAGGUGCCAGAGUGUCUGCAAAAAUUGGGUGAAGUCCAAUCCAUGCCUGCACCAGUGAGUUCACGUGGCAGGAAGCCUUAGAAAUGCCUCGAGUGUGAGAAGGGCUUUGUGCAGAGUGCAGAGCUCCUCACUCACAGGAGAUGGCACUUGUGGAAGAAGUGCUACAAAUGUCCCAUGUGUGGGCAGAGCUUUUGCCAGGGGAUCCACUCAGUGCAGAGACCCUAGAAAUGCCUGCACUGCAGGAAGAGCUUCAUCCAGAGCUCAAUCCUUUUAAACAUUGUCCAGUCCAUGUGAUAAAGUGGCCCUGCAAGUGUCCCUGGUGCAGGAAGUUUCUCUCUGGGCUGGCAACUCCUUUCCCAUGGGAAAACCCCCAGCGGAGAGACAACGAGGAUGCUGUUAAGCCCAAGGAUGAGGGAGACCCCAAUUCUUCUCCCCACACAGGAUGAUUUUGCAAAGGAGAUGGCACCACUGGCACCCUCUGCAGAAGGGACUUAACCCAGUGUCAUGGUUCUAUGUUUUUUGUUUGUUUGUUUGUUUUUAUUUUGGGUUUCUGUAUUCCACAUCAAAACAUCAUGUAGUGUAUGGGGUAUUAAAGUGUUAAUGCCCAAUCCCAGGUACCUAUCCCUGUACAUUACAGAAGUCACGGGAUCUGGCCCUUCUGGGUGGGGGGGGGGCGCUCUCUUGCUGCCUGGCAGUGGGUGCUGGAGGGUGCUUUCCUAGCCGUUCCAAGCUUUUCAGGUUUGCCUCGGUCCCGGGAACUCUCUCUCUCUCAUCUUGUCUGAUUUAUUAAUCUCAAUUUCAAUUAAAUUGUAUCUAUUGUGUUAUUUUGUAUUCCAAUAUUAUAGUAAAAUAAGUUUUCCUCCAUAGAUUGUUGCUGCUGCUCUUUUCCUCCCUUCCUUCCUUCCCAUUUUUGUGGGACUGGGGUGGGGGGGAGGGCAGAGGCCUGUCGCCCCUGUCACAGACAUAGAUUGAUCUGGUCAACUCCGUGACAGAUUUUUUGGCGCCCAACGUGGGGCAAACUGCUUUUUAGCUUUUAGAACGAAUCUCAUUUUCUCUCUGCUCUUAGAGAGCUUCGUUAGGGAGCAUUAUCAGUAGUUCAAGUUUCUGUGCUGAAAAACCUGACCUUGAAAGAUUAGGCGUACUGCCAGUGUUCUGGGAUAUUUGUAAACUUUGAGCACUACUUAGUCUGGGUAGUGCCUUUUUUUUUUUUUUUCCUUUUUUUCCCCUCCUCUUGUUAGCCUCAGUUCAUUAACCCCUUUUUAGCAAGCACCAGUGAUGAACCCACUUGUUAUUGUGGGGGUGCUGGGUAAAGGAUUUAAAGCAAUGGUGUUACUCACAACCUACUGGCCAAUAAUCCAUCUCACACUUUACGUGUUUUGGAAUUCUAUCCGUAUAUAAUUACCUAAGGGCACUGAUGGAGACACCUAUGUUUUACCUACUUGCAAUGUGGUAUGAUUUGAAUUUUGACAUUUACAUCCCAGAAGGAAUGGCUAAUUUCACAAACAACUACAUCCCAGAAGGAAUGGCUAAUUUCACAAACAGCUACAUCCCAAAUGGAAUAGCUAAUUUCACAAACAACAUGAUGUUCAGACCAGUCUCUGGGUUUUCUUCUCGGUUUAUCAAAUGUUUUUCAAAUCUUGAAUUAAUACUCAUGUUGGUGAGUGUGUCAUCAAUACUCAUGUUGGUGUGCAUGUUGUUAAUUUUCCUGAAUGUACUCCAACGCAUUCGUAAUAAGGAGUCUCCUCCAAAACUAGAGAAUGAUGACUGGCAGGGAAUAUGGAGAGGUUUAGGAAAGGUCUUAGAAGCAUGGGGACCCGCAGUGUCAUGGGAUUUUACUCUUGAACACCUGUGGGAUCCUGAGAAACUAAGCCAGUAUUUGAGUCAGGGACUAUGCGGCUUACAUAAAUCUAAGGAGGUACAACUGAUUUGGGGUUUGGCUUGUGCUUACCGUGCCCUAUAUAAUACCAUUCUGGAGAGAGAGAGUUUCUGAGCUGAGGUUCAAGCCAAAGGGGAAAAUCCCCAAGUCAAAUCUAAUCAAUCACAGGAGACACCAGUAACAAUACCAGUUGCUCCUGUGGAGGGCAAGAAAUGGAAACGAGUGUCUUCGCGUCUUGAACGAAAAAGAGAAGAGGAGGAGGAGGAGGAGGAAGAUCCAGGCGAGGGGCCCUCCUCAGAACCACCACCAUCGCGAAAGGCAAAAGGGAAAACUAAAAGACGUGCAGAAGAGAGUGAUGAAGAGGAAAUCUCUAUUACUUCUCACCGGCCUCUAAAGAUGACUGAAAUCCAAGGUUCAAGAAAGGAGUUUACACGGCGCCCGAAUGAAAGUCUUGUUUCCUGGUUGGUUUGCUGUUGGGACAGUGGGGCCCAUAGCUUGUCUCUGGAUGGUAAUGAAGCUCGCCAACUAGGUGCCAUUGCCAGAGAUCCAGCUAUUGAUAGAGGAAUUAGUCGAUGUUCGGAUGAGGCUGCCUCCCUCUGGGAACAAGUGUUAACAGCCGUGAAGGAAAAGUAUCCCUUCAAAAAUGGCUUGAAGAUUGCAAUGAGAAAAUGGGAUACGGUUAAAAAGGGUAUCCAGUAUUUGAGGGAAAUAGGCGUGGUGGAAAUGUUGUAUGACCCUGACUUUGUUCCUAACCACCCACACCAAAACCGCGACCCUGAAAAGGUGAGGACGACACCUGAGAUAUGGCAGAAACUCGUGACAACAGCACCGGACAAAUAUGCCGCUACACUAAUGUUAGUGUGUGACAGAUACCAGGAACAACAGAGAACGCCCUUAGUUUAUGAAUUAAUUGUUAUGCUUCAAAACUAUCAACAGUUGCUAUCCCCCAUUCAUGCUGCUGUAUCCGCUAUCUCAAAAGUGACGGACCAACUGAAUGAAACGCAGCAGCAAAUGUCUCAACUGAUUAACCAUGACACCCAGGAGCUUCAGAUGGCCUCUCCUUGCUACCCAAAGCAGUUCUCUCACCAUGCCCGCUUUCCUCUUCUGCUCUUCCUGCUAGCAGCUUUUGGAUGCCGUUUCCUAAGGAGAAGCGGCGGUGCAGGGAUGUUCUGUGUGUCUGUGUGCAUGUAUUGCUCUCAGUAAUUUGUGAGUGCACUGAUAAACCUGAGGGAAGGGUCAGGAGAGCAGUAACGUGCCUCUGGAGGUUUUCUGAGAAUCAUCUCUAGUGGAAAGGGGAGGGGGAGAAUAAAGCAGCUGAGUUUUACUGAAGCUUUCUUCAUUGUAUUUAUGUUUUUUGUUCAUAAAAUAAAUGUUAGCAUGUGUAAUGAGGAGAGGGAAAGGUGCAAUCAGGAUUUGCUUUUGGUGCCUCCUCCAGAACAGUGAUUGCUUCU